AUGGCAGAACCACCCCAAAGAGCUUCCCUCCUCGGCCUCCCGCGAGAACUCCGCCUCCAAAUUUACCAACACGUCUUCGACAUUGACCUACACCACAAGGUCCUGCUCCAAUGGCGCGACACUCACACGGCCGAGCACGGCUUCAAAUCCGUCCCAGACCUGAACCACGGCGAUAAACUCACGAUCCCCUGGCUACAACUGAUGCUCACGUGCAGAACCGCAGCGGUCGAAUUGCGAGCCCUGAUGCAAGAAUCAUCCUUCCUGGAGCAACACAAUAACGGUACCUACACUCUCGACCUGGAAGCUACACGAGGCGGCAUGACGCUCGGCCCAACGACGUGGCGACACAUACCAUGCGCGCCAAGUCAAGUGCAGUGCCUUGAAGCAUACUACAACGCCAGCCGAGGGUUUCAGGCUUGGGGUGUGGGUGGACCACACGGUAUUACCAGCGGGCUGUACCAGACCUUGAACCACUUCGUUCAUUGCGGUCCUCGCUUCGAUUCAGAGCGCAUGUUGCCGAAGCCGAGCCAUCUGAAAGAGCUUCGGGUGAUAGUGGUGGAGCGAGAGUUCCGCGGCGAGGAUGAGAAUCCAUCCUAUGGACUUUCGGAGCGAGAUACUGAUCCCAGGACGACGUUGUAUGCUCUUGGCAGUAUUGUAGGGCAGAUUGUACGAACUGGUGUCCUGAAAGGAUUUGUGGAUGAUAUUCAUCUCAGUUGCGACGGCGAGGUGCUCAACUGGAGUCCGAGCAUUGAGGAUGGAGAGGGCAUACCGGAGUAUUGGAACAGGUAUGGUUUUGAUUGGGGUAUGGCUCUGUAUGAAAAGGCUUGA